CUCUUUCUUUUCUAGUAUUUUGUUGCCUGAAGCCACACGUGCGCUUUGCAAAGUAAUAAGCGAAAAUCAUGGAUAAAUCCGUUGUUCUAGCUCGUGUAAUCAAAGUACUCGGUCGUACUGGGUCCCAGGGUCAGUGUACCCAGGUGAAGGUGGAAUUCAUCAGUGAACAAAACCGUCAAAUCAUCCGCAACGUCAAGGGACCAGUGCGCGAAGGUGAUAUUCUGACGCUGCUUGAAUCCGAACGUGAAGCCAGGAGAUUGCGAUAAAACGACCAGAAUCUAAGGUUACUUCCGAUGAACUUCAACGCCGGUGAUGAAAACAAUUGAUUACUGGCGAAUAAAAAUGUAAGAACAA